UUCAUUUUCGGCGGCAAUAUCAGGGUGGCACCACCACCAGCAACACGAAUUCCGGUUUCCAGUCUCUGAAUCAAAUCAUACACUGAAGAAAAAGCUGAAAGAAAUGGGGCGAAUAGAAGAAAAGCAAGGAGCCACGGUGCCUGGUUUGAUGCCCCAGCAAAACCCUCUGGAACAAUUGCAAUCCAAGUUCAAGGAAAUGGAGAACGGGUUCAGGGCUUGGCUAGCCAAGCAGUCCUUUCCGGUCGAGGCGGCCGUGGUAACCACCACCGGCGCCGCUCAGGGCGCUGCUAUCGGUGCUUUAAUGGGUUCCCUCACCAACGAUGUUUCCUCCUCUCUUCUGACUCCUCCUCAAGCUUCCAUGAAUCCUCAAGCCAUGGCUCCGUUCAAGCAAGCCCAGGCUCUAUCAGGAAGUCCCUUGGUGCAAGCUCGCAACUUUGCAGUUAUGACGGGUGUCAAUGCUGGCAUAUCUUGUGUUAUGAAAAGAUUGAGAGGAAAGGAGGAUGUUCAAUCUAGCAUGGCAGCAGCUUUUGGUUCUGGGGCCAUGUUUUCUUUAGUCAGCGGCAUGGGCGGCCCGAAUCAGGCUGCAAAUGCGGUCACUUCUGGUCUAUUUUUUGCACUUGUGCAAGGAGGGCUUUUCCAGUUGGGGCAAAAGUUUUCACAACCACCUGUUGAGGAUGUUAAUUAUUCCAGAACAAAAUCCAUGUUAAACAGUCUCGGCCUUCAGAACUACGAGAAGAAUUUCAAAAAAGGCUUGUUAACGGAUAUCACAUUGCCUUUGCUCACUGAUAGUGCUCUUAGGGAUGUGAAAAUACCCCCUGGACCAAGGCUCCUUAUUCUUGACCAUAUUCAGAGGGACCCAACAUCAAGAGAGAAGCAAGGGCGCCGUGGGUGAAGUUUUAUUAUCGAGCCGGUUCAAACGAAAGGGGAAUUUCCGGUAUAUCUGAAACCGACAAGAAAGUGGUGAAAUGUUUUCUAUUUUGUUUCUUUGGAUUAACAGGUUUGCUCUAACUUUAGUUUUACCGAAACAUCGGAUAAGUAUGAACGAUUUCCUUCUUGUUUCAUGAGGUUGAAUGCAGUAAUUAGUUAUUUGCAGCUUGU